AUGUCACCGUUGUUAAGAAUACAUUAUUAUGGAGUGCAACCACUUAUAAUGCUUAGUAAGAUGGAUUUAACUCUCGGAGGAAGCAAAAAAAAACAGCUUCAUGUACGAAAGAAGUACAGUAUCAUUACAUUGGAUUUGUUUAAACCGACGAAGAAGUCAUAUCCAGAAUUUGACUAUGCGAAAAUUUGCAAAGAAUAUUUGAAUGAAGAUGAGUCAAGUGGUGAAGAUGAACGUUUUCAUGAUCGUGAGGCUGAAGACUUAGUUAGACGGUUAGAACAAAAAUAUAGUAGAAAAAAAGACAAACAUGGUCGUAAAAUCCGUUUUGGCUGUGCAGAUGACUAUAUGGACAAAACAGUGGGUUACGACUUAACUGACCCAUUCAUUGACGACAGUGAAGCUUAUGACGAGCAUGUACCCUCAGUUCUCGACACAGCAAGAGGAGGUUUUUAUGUCAAUAGAGGAAAGUUAGAGUUUAAGUCAAAGUAUGCUGAGGAUGAUUCAGAUAGUGAGGUUGACGAAACAAUCGUCAAGAAGAAAGCAGUAGAAAAGAGACGCAGAAUUUCAAGUGAUGAAGAAGGAAGUGAGACUAAGCGUGUAUGUACUUCUCCUUCCUCAAAAUUGGUGAGUGAAAAUAAUGCAUCCACAGAUUUAUCAAAGGAAUCAGCCAUUCAAGAACCAGUACGUCUAUCCUCAUCAGGUGCUGCUCCUACGACAAAGCAAAGUGAUGUUUCUCGUAAUAAUCUCUUUGCUCAACAGUACAUCAAGAAACGUCGUCUUCUAGGACAUCCACCUAUGGCUAAAAUUAAUCAGUCACUUGCUGUGAAGGCUGCUCUUAAUGUCAAAAAGAAGCUAAAACCGCAAGCGAAAAAAGCAGUCUCUGGCAUGACCGAUGAUGACUUAGCCGGAUUCUUAAAAGAUAUGGUGGGUGGUGAGAUUGAGCCUAUUGAAGAAAUGGAAACUAUUAUUUCCGAUGAAAAAGAGCAUAGCACUCAGAAUUCAACCGAUGCAAACACCGAACUCGAAAUUGGUGUCGAUAAAUUCGCUACACCUUCAGUCGAGAAAGGAUCAUCACAAUCUGUAUCUACUGCAUCUGCUCCUUUAUCUACUGCUGCAGUUAAUAAACGUUCACCUGGACGACCUCCUGGUUCAAUACAGCUCAAACCAAUGCCACUAAUGUCAGAUAAGUUGCGGUUGAUGAUUGAUUCUUUCAAGCAAAAAACAAAAGCAUUUGGCGCACCUAACAAAAAAAUUCGACUUCCACCAAGUUUAGUAGACCUUUGCUUAAGAAUUGAAGAACAGUGUAUGUCAGAAUGCUUUAAUCAUCAACAAAGGACACGAGUGUUUGACCAGUUGGCUAACUGGGUUUGUGUUCAGCGGAAUUCACUUUAUAUUCGAAUGCGAGCUCAUCGAGAUCGUCAUGAACCAAAUGCUACCUCGGAUUCGGACAUUAAUGUGGAUGAACCUAUGAAUAAUGUAAAAGAAGUAAUUACGGCAAUCACUGACGAAGUAAUGUUGCCUGGUUCAAGUGAUUCACCUUCCUCUGCUGUAACUAAUUCCUCUUCAUCAGCGAUCUCUGAUACACUUUCAAAAUCUCCUGUAACGUUUUUGGCAUCAGAAAAGGAGUUACGUAUUGGUUUAAAAGAUAUAGCCAGUAAUGAUGUUACCAGAUCAGCAAAACAAUCGACAGAAACUGUAGGCGAUAAUACAGUAAAACCAAGUGCCUUACCAAACACAUCGAAUGCACACUUUAUAGCUAUAUCUACGGGAGCAAUAAUUAUUUUCUUACAGAGUGGUGGUACGACAAAAGUAGCAUCAUCAUCGAAGAUACCGCCAGCAGUAAAUGCUCCUAAUUCUCUGUCUAAUACCCAGUUAUUAUCCUUGUUUGCCACAAUAGUACAACAAGCUCGCAGUGAUCCCAUUCGGCAGCAUCAGCGAGUGGCUGACAGUUUGUCUGCUCAAAUAAAUGCUGCUUUUCAUAGCACUAAGCAACAUUCUGAAUUUUUAACUCAGUACCAGCUAACUCUCAAUAAUCUUGCAAAAAUUGCUUCCAUUCCAUCAGCCACUCUUGGAAAAAAUAUGGCAUCAGUACAGCCGGAUCCUACCAAGAGCAAUUCACAACUACUGAAGCCUCAGACUCAUCAAAAUGAACUAGAACGUGCCAGCAAACUCAUAUCCAACGCACUCAAAGGGCCAAAUCAAAUGCUGAACGAAAAAGCUGCUCGUACAUUAAAAGAAAUCAAUUCUGGUCUCGCACACAUUAUUUCAGAGAUCGAAAAAGCUCUUAUGCAAACGGAGAAGGAAUAUAUCAAAGAGAAAUUAAGAGCUGAGAAAGAAGGAAAAACUUCGCCGAGUAAACACUUUAUAUGGUCUGAUUCUUUGAGAACGGCUUUAAAAAGACAUAUAAAUUUGUUAUUUACAAAUCUUGAGCAGCAAGCUGACCCAAACAAUUCUGUCAACUAUUCAGUUGUGCAGUAUUUGUAUCACACUAUCCAGCCUCUUUUCAAAGAUUAUGUCAAAUUCAGAGAUUUAAUGUUGGAAAUAUUUUUGCUUUGUCCGGAACGACGGCAUUUGAUUCUUGUUCCUGAAAUGAAAACUUACAUUGAACUGAACGAUAUUUCUGUAAUGCAGUCGUUAGUUUCUAACUCAAGUUGUUCAUCGGUCGUAUGCAAUCCUAAAUUAACGCAGGAACAAAAAAUUAUGCUGGUUCGUGAAAAUAAAGAAAGAGAAAGAUUAAUGGCUGAACAGGCUGCUGCUGAGAAAGAACAGAAAGGGCAUGAGGAAAUUGAGCGAAAUUUGCAGGCGCAAAGAAUUCAUGAAGAAUCAGAAAAUAGAAAAAGAGAUGAAGAAGCUAUUAAAAAAUGGGAAGAAGAGGAAACUAUACAUCUCGAAACAAGUAAAGAAGAAGAUGAAAUUUUAGAAAAUCUUCAGCCAGAAAAAUAUCUUAUGUGGUCAAAAGAUUCAGAUCCACAAGAAAAUAAUAGAGUGGGGUUGGACGCUGAUACAGAAGUUGAAAUGAAUACUGAAGAAGAUAAAGGAUUAUCAGGUGGUAAUUUUCUGUCUAAGCAGAGUUCUCAGGAUAUUCCUGCUGCUUCAUGCAGUACUCAUACGGCAUCAUUUAGCCGUUUGCAAUCUUCACCGAUAUCACGAAUCACUCACUUGCAAGCUGAACGAGCCAACAAUUCUGUUUGUCCCGUAUCCUCUUCAUUCAGGCAGUCAUCGUUGGUAAAUGCAGAUUAUUCAGAACGAUUUAUGAAUCCAUCUGAAUCCACUGUCGUUGCGAAUUUUCCUCCGUACUCUGAAACUCAUCAUCGUUCAACGUUACGCCAGCAGCCUUCAUCUCUUGUUCAGGCAAUUGAAGACAAUUCAGCAGGUUCAAGUUCUCAAAUUACCAAUGACUAUCAGAUAUCAAGUCAACAACAGCAAUCGUCUUGGACUACACGGCAGUCCACAGUUUGUUCUACAUCUGCACCCACUAACCGUCAGGUGCCAGUGUUGUAUCCCUCUCAUUCUUCAAGAUCUGCACCCUGUAUUGCGAAUGCUGCACUGGUUGCCCAAGAACAGUGCACUUAUCCAUCUUAUCAGAUUCAGCAUAGCCAAAUAUCGUACAGUAAUAUGCAACAGUCUCAGCGCACACCAGCAAUAUGUCAUUCUUCUCAAAUCUCUCGACAUUUUAAUCAAGAACCUGAACAGUUACACCAUCCACAACAUCCAUGCAGAUAUCGUGCACCUGUUUAUAACAGUACUUCUGUACAGAAGACAACUCCUCCGCCACCAUGCGGCAUUCCACAACACACUCCUCAAAAUUUUGGUAAUGUGGUGUCACCUUCAGAGCAAGUUAUCUAUGCACAACAAAUAUCUUCUGGAGAGUAUUCUUCUCCCUCUUUUCCAUCUGUAUUACAACAACCAAUAAGCCAACAACAGCGCCGUCAACUGUAUAAUCAUCGCCAACAGCAAUUCUUGUCUCAACAAGAACGACAGGAGCAGCUCUAUAAUGUUGGGCAGCAACGACACAAUAGUAUUAGUGCCCAUCAUCAGCAGAUGUAUAAUCGAUUCGAUUUCUGA